AAAAAAAAAAGUGGCACAUAUACACCGUGGAAUACUAUGCAGCCAUAAAAAAGAAUGGGAUCAUGUCCUGUACAGCAACAUGAAUGGAGGUGGAAACCAUUAUCCUAAAUGAACUCAUUCAGAAACAGAAAACCAAAUAUCACAUGUUCUCACUUAUAAGUAGAAGCUAAAUAUUGAGUACAUGUGGAUACAAAGAAGGGAACCACAGACACUGGGGCCUACCUGAGGUUGGAGCAUGGAAGGAGGGUGAGGAUCGAAAACCUACCUACCUGGUACUAUGUUUUUUAUCUGAAUGAUGAAAUAAUCUGUACAACAAACCCUCGUGACACGCAGUUUUUACCUAUACAACAAGCCUGCACAUGUGCCUCCGAACCUAAAAAAACAUAAAGGAAAAACGUUUGGACUAUUUUUCUUCUUUUGAACGAAGACAACGGUUUGCCCAAGGACUACAAAUAAACAAGGGGAAAAAAGAAAGGUUCCAGUUUUGUCUGAAAAUUCUGAUUAAACCUCUGGGCCCUGCAGCCUGGGGUAGCUGGAGAACUCUACACCCACAGAACCCGGCUUUGUCCCCAAAGAAUUAAAAACACCUCUCGAAAAGCUGCUCUUCCCCCUUUCUUUGGGUUCCGCACUGGUUUUCUAGGGCCAGGGAUGGCAACCACCGGACCCCAGGAUGAGGGCAGUGCUCAGGGAAAGGGCAGCACAAGGUGUUCAGGGAGGGAGAAAGACACGAGGCUGGGACAGUGGGUAAGGGCCAGGUGAAGUGGAGAGGGGCGGCUUUGAAGGCUUCAGGCAGGGAGAGUGGCUGGGGGAAGCCUAGCAAUGCAACCUAUCCAGCAGCAAACGGCACACUCCCACCUUUCUGCCUGGGCUUUGAGGAGACCCCGUUAGGGCACCCGCCUCUGCUAGGGGAGGAAAAUAGGUGGGUAGGACGUCUUUAGAUUUCCCUCCCUGGUUGGCACCUGUGUGAUAUGGUGGACCAACCCUGGGUUCAAAUCCCACCUACCCGCUUACUACACGUUCUCAUUGGGAAAUUUCAUUCACCUUCCAACACCGCCGUCUCCGUAUUUGCGAAAUGGAUGUGUUUGUAUUCCUAUCUUCCUUGACGGGACGGUGGAAGCAGUUCUCUAGCUUUGUCUUGCCCAGGUAAGUCUGAUGCUUAAGGCUUUCCUUUGGGAGCCUUGUCUGAAGAGAGGAAAGUGGACCUAAGGGCUGAGCACACUGCAGUGGCUUCGAUAAAUAAAAAAAAAACCCCGGAGCUGGGUCAGGAUGGGAAAGGCAGCGAACUGAACGGGCUUGAGCCCCAAGUUUGGGGCUGAACGUUGUCCCUGCGUGCAGAAGGAAGGGCAGGAGCAUGCCAUCCUCCCCUGGAGCCCCGGCCGAGCCUCCGGCCUCGUGACGCCUGGCCAGGGCCCGGUCUGGCCCUCUGCACAUGGAAUCCACUGACCUGGCAACUAAAGCAAGUGAUUGCUUUCCUUUCCUCGUUUUUGGAAGCCCUGCCUAACACACAGCUGCACUCUACAUCCCAGUUCCUGGAUGGACGAAGAAAGUGAACUGAUCCAGCCCCAAGACCAGAGCUGCUGGGCCACUCUGCCCGACGUGUGUCUGUGCCGUGUUUUCUGGUGGCUAGGAGACAGGGACAGGUCCAGGGCUGCUCUUGUCUGCAGAAAGUGGAACCAGAUGAUGUAUUCUGCUGACCUCUGGCGGUACAGGACCAUCACCUUCAGUGGGAGACCUUCCAGGGUACAUGCAUCUGAAGUUGAGUCAGCUCUUUGGUAUGUUAAGAAGUUUGGUCGUUAUCUGGAGCACCUGGAGGUCAAAUUCCUGAAUCCUUACAAUGCUGUCUUGACCAAGAAGUUCCAGGUCACCAUGCGGGGCUUCCUGUCUUGUCUGAGUAAGAGCAACAACCGUCUGAAAUCUCUUUCCAUCCAACACUUGGAGCUGGACCGCCUGGUGUGGAGGAACAGCAUCAGGAGCUCAUUCAUCAGGAGCUUGAGCUUCUUCUUAAAGAAGAUGGGCAAACACCUGGAUUACCUCAACCUAAAAGGGGCCAGGCUGACCGUGGAGCAAGGCUGCCACAUUCUCGACUCCCUCAGCCACCUGAGGAAUGAGAAUGUGAUCUCGGAACUCAACAUCGAGGACUACUUCAGUCAUCACCUUGCUGUCUACAGCAGCCCCCAGUUCAAAAAGACCAUGUCCGCAUUCCACAAACUUGUGUCGCUGAACCUCAACUACAACUGUAUCUCCGACGAGCUGCUUGAGAACUUGUGUGAGAACGCCAGCACCCUCUGGACCAUAAACAUCAAAUGCCACAUUCAUGACCCCCACGGACAGGUCAUCUGGGGUAUGUCCUGGGCCAAGCUGGCCAGGCAGGCCACCAAUCUGAAGGUGAACUUCUACUUUGAACGGAUCAUGAAGUACGAACGCUUGGCCCGAAUCCUCUUGCAGGAGAUCCCAGUCAGGAGCAUCAGUCUGAGAAGCUGCUAUUUCAGUGACCCAGACUGGUCCAUGAGACCCACUCUGACAGAUCUCCUGCCCACCUUCCGGCACACUCUGCAGAAAUUAACUUUUGAAUUCAACAACAACCACGAGUCACUCGACGAGGAGCUGCACCUCCUCAUCAUAUCCUGCAGGAAGUUGUUUUACUUCAAAAUCUGGGCUUUCCUUGAUGUUAGGUUUGUGGAGCAGAUCCUGAAGAGUCAGAAAGAACGGCAGUGUGCCCUGCGCACACUCAAGGUGAGAAUUUAUACAAACAGAUAUGAGACGAAUGAAGAGGACAGGACCCUGCGGGAAAUUUACAGGAAGUAUAGAAAGCUGAUCGACUCAGAGCUUAACUAUUUCGUCAUCGCAUACCCUAUGAUGUAAUGAACACUCUACAAAUGAAGAAAGCUAGGAGCACUUUGAACUUGAAAAUCAUUUCUCUUAGAACUACACUCGGGCAUGGCCAGCCCUUUUGCUCCUCUCUCUUCCCCCCUUCUCUUUUUUUUUUUUUUUUUGGUCAGUUCAAUACCAACACAAGCAGCCCAGCAAAGGCUGAGACUGCCGAUGACCUGAAGGCUCCACGUGGCUUUAAAGCACUAUGUUUACCAACUA